UUAACAAAUCGCUGAUUGGCUGACUGACGCUGAAACUGUCUUUGCUGAAAGAAUUUUUGCGUUUGUUAUUGAAAUAUAGCAUUAAAUUCGCAUUUUUGUUAUGAAAAAGAAAAGGAAAAACAAUUAAAAACACAUUUUUACAAUGAUAAAACGUCACUUACAAAUGCUUUUUAAUAAAGCUGGAAGAUUCUUCCACACAAUCAGCGCAAUGAAUACCAAGCCUUUCACUGUGUUUGUCGAGGGAAACAUUGGAAGUGGCAAAACAACCUUUCUAGAACAUUUUCGACAGUUUGAAGAUAUAACGUUGCUGACUGAGCCAGUAGAAGAAUGGCGCAAUUUGAAAGGAUGGAAUCUCCUGGAUCUGAUGUACAAAGACCCGUCGAGGUGGGCAAUGGCUUUCCAAUCUUAUGUUUCAUUAACAAUGCUGGACAUGCAUAGGCGACCAACUACCACACCGGUGAAGCUGAUGGAACGGUCACUUUAUAGUGCUCGGUAUUGCUUUGUAGAGCAUAUGAUGCGCAGUGGAACCUUGCACCCUGCCGAGUUUGCUGUCCUUGAUGAGUGGUUUAGGUUUAUUAAAAAUCAGAUUUCAAUUGAAGCUGAUCUUAUAGUGUACCUCAAGACGACUCCAUCAGUAGUGUAUGAGCGGAUCAAGAAGCGAGCCAGAUCUGAGGAACAGUGUGUGCCUUUCUCAUACAUUGAUGAGCUGCACAGGCUGCAUGAAGACUGGCUUAUGAACAGGACACAUGCUGAAUGCCCUGCUCCCGUCUUAGUAAUAGAUGCUGACUUAGAUCUCUCUCAAAUAACUGAAGAAUACAAGAAAAGUGAACACCAGAUCCUCAGGAAGGCUGUCGACGUGGUGAUGAGAUCACCAAACAAACUGAGUCCAAAGAAACCUAUAACCACAUCACCUAUUAAGAUAGUGCCACAGAUAAGACUAUAAUGUUAGUCCCUUUUUAUUUACAUUAAUUAUUAUUCAUUAUAGUUAGAUUAUGUUUGACACAUUUCAAGAUUACAUCCACAUUGAUAAAUAUUUGCAUUGUGAGUUAGCAAAGCGAAUUUGACAGUUUU